AUGCACGCCGCCACGAUCCUUGCCCUUCUUCCCCUCGCUGCUCUCGCGGCCCCUUCCCGUCGCGCUCAGCCUGCGCCUCUCAUUAAGCCUCGCGGUGUCACUUUGGUUGCUGACAAGUACAUCGUCCGUCUUAAGAAUGACGCCAAGGCCGGCGCACUCGAGGCGGCCAUGUCGACCUUCUCGGCCGACGCCGACCACGUCUACAACUUUGGCAACUCUCUCCGGGGCUUCUCAACUACACUGAACGCGUCAGAGAUUGAAACGCUUCAACAUGACCCAAGCAUCGACUUCAUCGAGCAGGACGCCAUCAUGAGCAUCAAGGCGACUCAGCGGAACGCGCCUUGGGGAUUGGCGAGAAUCUCAAGCUCGUCGCCUGGUGGAACUACCUACAGCUUUGACGAGAGUGCUGGAGAGGGAACUUGUGCUUACAUUAUCGACACUGGUAUUGAUGUCGACCACCCGGACUUUGAAGGCCGCGCAACGUUCCUUGCAAACUUUGCAGACAGCGAUGACUCAGAUGGUCAGGGCCAUGGAACCCACGUCGCUGGUACAGUCGGUUCCAAGACCUACGGCGUAGUCAAGAAGACCAAGCUUUUUGCGGUGAAAGUUUUGGAUGCCAGAGGCGAGGGGACCAACUCUGGCGUCAUUGCCGGCAUGGACUUUGUCGCUGCCGACGCCGCAGGCCAGAAGGGCUGCGAGAAUGGCGUCGUUGUCAACAUGUCUCUUGGAGGAGUGAAAUCGACGGCAGUCAACCAGGCUGCUGCUGCCAUCGUCAAGGCCGGACACUUCCUUGCCGCUGCUGCUGGUAACGAGGCUGCUGAUGCCGGCACUUCGAGCCCCGGCUCUGAGAAGACGGUGUGCACGGUUGGUGCCACGGAAGAGGACGACACCUUGGCGAACUACUCCAACUUCGGAGCCGUUGUCGACAUUCUUGCACCUGGUAGUGAUAUCAAGAGCACUUGGCCCGGUGGUUCUACUAACACCAUCUCUGGUACCUCGAUGGCUAGCCCCCAUGUCGCCGGCCUCGCGGCCUACCUGCUUGGUCUUGGCUCCGCACCCAAGAACCCCGUUGAGCUGUGCAGCUACAUCGCGCAAACCGCUCUGGACGGCAUCGUCACCCGGGUUCCUCGCCAGACUGCCAACAAGCUCGCCAACAACGGCUUCGGUGGCGGCAACGGCACUGCAAAGGCUGCCGAUGGGACCACCGUGGUUGGCAAGCACUUGAACAAGAAGUUUUCUGUUCGCUCUGCUCUUUCUAAGACGACUCUCUUUUAA